AUGAACUCAGUGCAGUUCCUAGGCCAUGUCAUAGACAAGGAUGGUAUCCAUGUGGAUAACGCCAAAAUCGAUGCCAUGGUCAACUGGCCCACACCGAGGAACGUGAAAGAGAUGAAAAGUUUUCGGGUACUACCGGUUUUUACAGAAAGUUCAUUCGUGACUUCUCGAAGACUGCAGCGCCUUUGCACGAUUAUAGUUGUGGUAAACAAACUUGGAAUAAAACUUGUCAAAAAGCCUUUGCUAAGCUUAAAAAUCAGCUAA